AUGGUCAAAGAAACUGCCAUCUCCCAGGAUUAUCCCAACACCUUCCCGAAUGUGGGAUCCAAGGACAGAUUCCAUGUGAAUUUCCUGGGUUCCUGUGACGAGAAUCAGGAUGGCGUCUGGCAAAACGGAGACAGCCUGCAGAGUGAUGAGAGUUCGGGGCACCUCAAUACUCACUCCAGCACCUGCUGCAACAGAACCUUUGGCCACAACACUAUCGAUGUGAUGCCAAGGAUUGACUUCUACUGCAACACGAUUACUGGCAUCGGGAAGAAGCUGCUUAGACCCAGCCUGGCCCAACUGCAUGAUGAAUUAGAGAAGGAGCUGUUUGAUGAAGGAGCUGCCAACAGAGGAGGAGGAGGAGAAGAAGAAAGUCCACCUGCAGAGCUGCUGGUUAAUCCAGCAGUAGACAGCAGUGGGGCAGUGAAGUUUGACUGGAUAAAGGGAGUGCUGGUCCGAUGCCUCCUCAAUAUCUGGGGUGUGAUGCUGUUCAUGCGAAUUACCUGGAUAGUAGGUCAAGCCGGCAUAGGCCUAACCACACUAAUUAUCCUAAUGGCCACUGUUGUGACCCUUGUUACUGGGUUAUCUACAUCUGCUAUGGCAACCAAUGGAUUUGUGCGAGGAGGCGGUGCUUACUACUUGAUCUCCCGCAGUUUAGGACCAGAGUUUGGUGGUUCCAUUGGUCUCAUCUUCGCAUUUGCCAAUGCGGUGGCAGUGGCUAUGUACGUGGUGGGGUUUGCUGAAGCUCUUGGAGGUCUGCUGUCGAUGAUUUGA